ACACAGCAGUUUCAUUUUCCUUUUCUCCACUAAGCUGAUUAGUCCGGGCUCCCUGGGCCGCUCUUUCCGGGUGUGAACAGCUGACACCUGCCCCACGAAGCUGGUCUCUUGUCAUAGCUGCCAGAAGCCCCAGGCUCGGCCACACAGAAAUACCCAGCCUCGACCCGGCCCGCCCUCUGCACGGCACAGCGCAGGAGCCGGCCACCGCACCCCCGAGGCUCCAGGUGUCUCCAGCAGCUGCUGGCAGCAUGGCCGAGGCGUCUUCGGACCCUGAUGAGACAGACCUUGAGCAGAAGAUCCUCCAGGUGCUGAGGGGUGCUGGGUCCCCAGUGAGGACUGCGCAGCUGGUGAAGGAAUGCCAAGUGCCCAAGAAGAAACUCAACCAGACUCUCUACCGGAUGAUGAAAGAGUCCCAAGUGGCCCUCGCUGGCUCCGCCACAUGGCAGUUGGGCGGGCCUGGGACUGGACAGCUGGUCUCCACAGAGCUGGCUCUGGUCCGCAACGCGGAGAGGCCCCGGCAGCUCACGGUUGCGGUUCCCCUGAAACCCGGCUGCCAGCUGAGUAGACAGCAGGAAGAGAUCUACAGGUUCCUGAAAGACAGGGGGCCCUCGAGGGCCCUGGUCAUCGCCAAGUCCCUGGGGCUGAAGACGGCAAAAGAAGUCAACCCAGACUUGUACGCCAUGAGAAACAAUCACCUUCUGAACUAUGACCAGAACUCAAAUGCAUGGGCGGUUUAUCAGCCAGAAGAUUCUAGGGAAAGAAGUCAGGCCACCAAUAUCAUUUAUCAGCAAAAUCCAAUCAACAUGAUCUGUCAGGACGGACCGAACAGCCACAUUUCCAUCGGGAACGCCACAGCCGUCCAGAUUGGGCAUGGGAACAGCAUAAUGCGACCAGAGACCCAUGGGGACGACAGUGAGUGGCCAGAAGGCUCCACGGCUUCCCCCUGGCUCCCUGCACCGGCACCAGCUGAUCCCUCAACUCAGGACCCCUUGGCUGCAUCCUGGGGGUCCCAGGACAUCCACUUAGAGAAGUCUGUCCUCAGACGGGUGCAGCUGGGACACGACAACGAGAUGAGCCUUCCCUACGUGCCGGCCACAGGCCCCAACCGCAGCCGCUCCGUCAGCGGCCUCUCCGUCAGCCCCCCAGUCUCCGCCACCACCGCUGACCCGGAAGCUUCAUUCGAAAUUCGCAUGCCCCCACCAGGACCUCCAACCACUGAGGGGGCCGGGGGUGUGACCCAGAGAGUCCUCGUAAAGUCCUGCUUCCUGGAGGAUGCCACCAUCGGCAACAGCAACAGGAUGCGCAUCGGCCCCCUGGGGAAGGCUGGCCCAGGAGGAGGGGCCGGGCCGGGGGACGCCAGCGGGGGCUCCGGGGAGCCGGCCGGGGAGCCGGCCGGGGAUGAAGCUCCUCGGUCCGAAGCCGCAGAGCCCGGAGGCCAGGCCCCUCGCGAGGGUCCUCAGGCCGGCCCCGACGUGGACACCGUCACUGCCCACCUGGAAGCCAUGACCGUUGGAAGCAGGGACCCAGAAGCCACAGGAGACAGCCCCUCGGUGGACUGACCCAGCACGGGGCCCUGGGGGAGGUGGGGCUGGGACAAAAGGCCCGAGGAUGGACACACUCCGACAGAGGUGGGCGGGACCCAGCGGGGCCCGAGAGCCCUUGCACUGUACUGUGCGCCGUGCCCCAUAAACAUGUUGCUGUUGA